AUGAAAAAUUUGAAAUCAUAUCUAAAAGAGGAUCUAAAAAUUGAUUUAUCGACCUGUCAAUUUCAGGAAUUGUAUUCCUGUAGUCAUCUCAAUGGACUUUCGGAGUUACUUUCGACACAUUUCGUCAUUCUCAAUGAAAGCUCUGGUUUGAUACCCCUUAUCCCAGGCACUGAUUGUCAUAAAUCAGUUGUGGAUCAAUGUGUCCUUUUCCUGCUAACUAGGAAAAUGUACAGUAAUGUGCUAACUCAUGGCUACAAAUUGGGUGGUACAACCAGUAUUAACUCAGCACUUCACUGUGUGUCUGUGAAUUCGAAUGUUGCUGCUUUGAAGAGUAAGCCUUGGCAGUUGUUCCAUGAGAUUAUCGGUACGCAAAAUUUUGUGAACUUCAUUAUCAAUUGCACCGUGCUUGGCCCUGAUGGCGACGGAUAUAGUCAGAUUUCAGGUGAUCGUUUAACCAAUUCUCACCAUACACCGGUUUCAUCACGUCAGUCAAAGGCAAAUCACAAUGAUUUGAUUUCACCGGUGAGAGCUAGAAGUUUUCUGUACAAAAAUUAUUCGAGAUUCAACUACUCUGAGAUACUCCCACCUGCGAAUGAAUAUGUUGCCUUUAGAAUGAGUAUCUUCAAUCCUUGCUUACGGAGAAUGAACAGAAAAAUGCUUAGCAGGAUUGAGUAUUUCUUACGCAAAAUGUUGUUCAAUCACCACAGAAAAGUCAAGUAUGUUGAAAUUUUGAACGGUAUAUGUCCAAAAUCCCUAGAUAUGGGCCAUUUAGAUGCUCAAACUUCGACAAAACAAGUUAUCAGAUUUUUGAUCGUCAUUUUGCAGAAGCUUAUUCCACCAGAGCUCUUUGGUUCCAAAAGAAAUAAGGCUGUGAUAUUCAAAUAUGUGUCAUCUAUGCUAAUGCUGCCUGUCAAAGGAUCUCUAGACAUCGCCGAAAUUGGGAACUCUCUGAGAUUAAAGGAUUUUUCUUGGCUCAUACAGCCAAAUACUCAGUUUGUGAAACAUCAAUAUGAGAGAACAACUUUUCUCAUGCAAUCAUUCAUUUCUUGGCUUUUCAAAUCGUUAAUUCCCAAUAUCAUUUCUACUUUUUUCUACUGUACUGAAAUAUCCUCUUAUGUGAGUAUUUCUUACUUCCGGCACGAUGUUUGGAAUGGGAUGAGCUUGCCUUAUUUGAAUGCUUACCUAGAAAGACAUAUGAUUGAAAAUAACGUGUGCAGAAAUCACUACAGCUACCUCCAUUCGAGAUUUAACCACAACAAAGCACGUAUAGUCCCGAAAAAGGCGGAUGGCGAGUUCAGAAUCAUUGCAGUCCCCAACAAAGGUGCAGAUGAGGAGGAAUACUUUGCAUUUCGAGAUAAUCUGCGAUCAGUUAUUUAUCCCAUUCAAUGCAUACUUGAUCAUUUGAGAAACAGCAGAAAAAAUCAUUUCGAGAAAAUCUAUUCCGCCAAUCAAAUUGUGAGUCAUAUUAAGAAGUUCAAAUGUCACUUGCUAAGCAAACGCGAGUAUUUACCGAAACUUCACUAUCUGAAGUUUGACAUUGACUCGUGUUACGACUCUAUUCCUAGGGAGAGAGUGUUUAGAGUGGUCAAGGAACUAUUGAAGAAAGAGCAAGGUUUUUUUGUCAGAUCUCAGUCCAUUUACAACUCUAAAACUGGUGCUUUUAGUAUCCAGAAUGUUGUUAAUGGCAGUAGACAACUUAGGGACGGAGAGGUGUAUAUUGAUAAUGUCCGAACUUCCUUCAUCAGUAACAAAGAUUUGCUGAAUGUUCUUGAAGAUGAAGUAAACAACAGUGUCCUGUACUUCAACGGGAAAUGUUAUCUGAGAAAGGACGGUCUGUUUCAGGGCACUAGUUUAUCGGCACUUUUGGUUGACCUGGUGUACGAUGACCUUUUGGAACACUACAGCAUCUUUCACCCUCGAGAAGAAGAUGAUACACUUGUUCUUCGGUUGGCUGAUGACUUUCUGGUGAUAUCCACCAACGAGGCAAGAAUUACAAAUUUGAAAGAAGCAGCUUUGCAGGGCUUUAAUGAGUUUAAUGCUAAAGUCAACACUAAUAAGAUCAUCAGUUCGGCAUGCAAAGAUGAGAGAAAAGAAUUUUCAUUCUGCGCUCUUCAAAUCUCGAUUGAUGAUUUGGAAGUAACGAAGAGUCCGGAGAGUUUGAACAUACCUGAAAUUGGAAUGUCUUCGGCAGCCAAAAUACUCAAAAGAUUAUUGGGACUUUUUGAGAUGAGAUUAUCUUAUGGGGUCACUGACCUCGAAAUUAACUCUAAAACUACAGUCUUGAGGCAAAUCCGCCUGAUUGUAACGAACAUCGCCGAAGCUUACGCUCUUGCGUGCAAAGGAAAGAGGAUUAGUACCGACCAUUUGUCGAGGUUUUUCCACCACUUGAACCUUUCGGCAAUUCGCUCGUGCUCUGGUGGUCUCAGAAACGAUAUGUUUUCUGCACAACUUCGUCUUGUUAUAGCGGAAUGCUUCUUAACUGUACUCUCACGUAAUCAUGCGAGGUUCAAUCAUGCCAUCGAUUAUCUGAAAAGUGAUUCUAGAAUGUUAUCCGCAGAUUUGUUUCUAUAUUAA